AUGGACACCAGCUACCUCUCCAAGCAGGUCAACAACAGCAUUGGCCAGCUGCACAGCCUGUUCGAUGACAUUGGCGUGCCGGAUCAUGAGCGCGAGUCUCGAGAAUCCGAGCUGUUCCAGGCGCUUUCGGAGGCGCUCAACAACCACCUGCGUCUGGUGACGUCGGAGAAGAAGCAGAUGAUCGAUGAGGCCAGGAAGAUUAUUACCGAGACCCGGCAGAUGGAGGCGUCUUUGGUGGACUCCAAGCCCCGAAAGAGGAAUUCAAAUGAGGAAAGCAUGAAGAUUACAUACCCUUUGAUGCAAUGCCUGGAGACGCUCAAGGAGAAGCACAGCCAGGUGCAGAGGUUGCGAGAGGAGCGGGUUGAGCACGUAGAGAAGCUCGUCGAGGCCCUCGAGUCAUACUCGUCACAUCUCGAGCCUUCUUUCGUCAAGGUUACUCUGCCGCCUACGGGUCCCAACCAGUCUAUUCCUCUCGCCUUUGACCUGUCACCAUCCUACGUGGACCGCCUCGACGCAGAGUUCACGCGAGUGUAUGAAGAGUAUACUCGCCGGCUUGCGACGGUGGAAACACUGGGAGAUGAAAUCAUCCAGCUCUGGGCCGAACUUGGCACUCCCCAGGCCCAGCAGGACGCAGCCAUCAUCAAGUACUACCGUGAAGCCCCCGAACAGCUUGGUCUCCACCAGGAAGACAUUCAGGAUAUGCAAGCCACGCGUGACAAGCUGUCGGAGGAGAAGAAGAACCGCGAGAAGAAGCUGCAACAACUCAGGACUACCGUCGAAACCCUCUGGCAAAAGCUUGGCAUGGAUGAAGAGGAGACCAAAGAUUUUCUCAGCAAGAACAGAGGCUGCGGCAUUCGUCAGAUCAACGAGUUUGAGGACGAGCUUGAGCGGCUGAAUGAAGUAAAGCGCCAGAACCUGCACAUCUUCAUCGAGGACGCGCGCGUCAAGCUUCAAGAGCUCUGGGAUGCCUUGUACUUUGCGGAAGAUGACAUGCUCGAUUUUACACCCGCCUUUUCAGACGUCUACAGCGAUGCGCUGCUAGAGGCUCACGAACGUGAGAUUGUUCGGCUCCAGACGUUGAAGGAGCAACGCGCACCAAUUCUGGACCUGGUUGAGAAGCACAAGGCUUUGAUCAAGGACCGAGACGACCUCAUCGCCUCAAGCCAGGAUGCGUCUCGCCUUAUGUUGCGCGGCCAGAAGGGCGAGAAGCGAGAUCCUGGCAAGCUGCUUCGCGAGGAAAAGAUGCGCAAGCGCGUUGCCAAGGAGCUCCCCAAGGUCACAGCCGAAUUGCGAAAGGCGCUCGAGCAGUGGGAGGAGGAAUACGACCGACCCUUUUUAAUCUACGGCGAGCCAUACCUCGACGAGAUAGACCUCGAAGAGGCAAAGAAGCCCGCCCAGCGAUCCAGAACACCAGCCGGCCCUCCUCCGUCAUCUGCCAGAAGCCUUCUCAAGUCGGCAUCGGCAUCAGCAAUGAGGCCCGCUACCACCAGCAAGGUCUCGGCACCUCGCUCGGUAGCAAAAACCCCUACGACCGGUGGCAUCUACAACAUGGGCAACAAGUCUCAGCCGCUGUUUUCAAAGUCCGUCAUGGACGUGGGUAGGCUCGGCAGCAGUCCUACUAGACAACCAAUGGCAAGGGUUCCCCUGUCCAAGAUGAAGGACGGCAACAAUUCACCAGAGCGGCCCAAGACACAAAUGCAGCGGAGCAUGGACAAAUUACGCACUGGAGGCUCCGUCAGAAUCCCGCCGCCGCCCAAGAUGCGCGACUUGAGGACCGUGGCAUCACUGGAGGCGCCAUUGAACCCAUACAAGUCGGUGGGCCUGAACACCAGCAUUAUCCGUGCCGUUGAUCCCGAAGAUGUUUACGAUGACCGGCCCGAGUCGAACAUGUCGCAUCAUCGACAGAACAGCUUCAUGGAUGAGGACUAUGAUGAUCACUACUCGUCGGUACGAGGGGUGCCACGAUUCCCCCAAGCGGCAGCCAGACACAUUUCAAGCACAUCCACCUCGUCAACGGUAGUCACCGGUUCCGAGAACUGGGAGACGUACGACGACAAUAGUGAGCCAGAAGAAGACUUGACAGAUGCAUACUUUGCCAAGCUCCGGGCUGCUCGAGGCAAGCGAGCAGAACCCGAGCAAGGCCAUCGACCAACAAGCAGCACAGCAAAGCGUACGCGCGGAGUUCCUGCCGCUUAUGACGCAGCGCCCGUCAUGGUUGACCAGGACGGCAACCGGAUAGUAUCCGGAAGCGAGUGGACAGACGAGAGUGCUCUCUAA